AUGCGUGCAUCAGUGCUACAUUGGACAACAGUAAAACGCAAAGUGAAUGCGUUGGCCGGAUACUUGGGUUCUACCUUCACUUACGUGUACGGUGGCGAUGUGGAAGCCCUACCAGAUCCUACUCAGCUAGCCAACGCUAUGGCUUAUCUGUCCUUCACUCAGAGCAUUGAUACCCUCGUGACGCCUCUUGUCGACACAAAUUGGGUGGAUCCCACGAAAGGAUACAGAAUGUUCGUCGAUCAGAAUACCGCGUACAUGAGGUAUAGCUGUUUUAUACUGAAUAACCAUAAACGACUUUUGAUGCAUACCUAA